AUGGCGACUCUCAACGUCAAGGAUGCGCUCUCCUACCUGGACCAAGUCAAGGUCCAGUUUGCAGAGCAUCCCGACGUCUACAACCGCUUCCUGGACAUCAUGAAAGACUUCAAGAGCCAGACCAUUGAUACGCCCGGAGUCAUUGAGCGAGUCUCGACGCUGUUUCGCGGCCAUCCCAGCCUCAUCCAGGGCUUCAACACCUUCCUCCCUCCGGGCUACCGGAUCGAACGCCCGGCGGCGUUGGCAUCGCCGGCGCAAUCAACCGGAUGA